CGAGGGCGGGCCGCGCCGGUUCCGCGCGCAGGGAGUUUUAAAUGUCCCGCUCUGAGCCGGGCGCAGGAGCAGCCGGCGCGGCCGCCAGCGCGGUGUAGGGGGCAGGCGCGGAUCCCGCCACCACCGCGCGCUCGGCUCGCCGCCCGGACCCGGCUCCGAUCCGCACGGCUCGUGCGCCUCGCCUCCCGCCGACACCGCUUCGGGCCUAAGAUCCGAACCGCAGCCCCGCGCCAUGCCAAGGGAACGGAAGGAGAGGGAUGCGAAGGAAAGGGGCACCAUGAAAGAAGAAGGUGGCCCGGACCACUCAGUCCGCUCCAGGAAAAGGAAGGCAAAUGUGGCCGUUUUUUUGCAGGAUCCAGAUGAAGAAAUUGCCAAAAUUGACAGGACUGCAAAAGGGUCCAGCGACAGUCAGCCUUGGGAUGAUAACACAGUAUGUGCAGAUCCCUGCUCUGUGAUCCCCACCCCCAACAAAGAAGAGGGUGAGGAGCUGGUGUAUCCCAAUGCUACAUUUGAGCCUCGGAAACGCCGGCCGUCCAGAGCCUCCCCGCUGCCUGUGCUGAACUGGGCAAAUAGAGAGGAGGUUUGGAAGAUCAUGCUGAACAAGGAGAAGGCAUACCUACGGGAUGAGCACUUUCUGCAGCGACAUCCUCUUCUGCAGGCCAGAAUGCGAGCCGUUCUUCUGGACUGGUUGAUGGAGGUGUGCGAAGUCUAUAAGCUUCACCGGGAGACGUUUUACCUGGCACAGGACUUCUUUGAUCGGUAUAUGGCAACACAAGAAAAUAUUGUCAAAACACUUUUGCAGCUGAUUGGAAUUUCAGCCUUAUUUAUUGCUGCCAAACUGGAGGAAAUCUACCCUCCAAAGCUACACCAGUUUGCUUAUGUCACGGACGGUGCUUGCUCAGGAGACGAAAUUCUUACCAUGGAAUUGGUGAUUAUGAAGGCCCUCAAGUGGCGGUUAAGCCCGCUGACCAUCGUGUCCUGGCUGAACGUGUACAUGCAGGUUGCAUAUCUGGAUGACGUGUACCAGGUGCUCAUGCCGCAGUACCCCCAGCAAGUCUUUGUCCAGGUCGCAGAGCUUCUAGAUCUGUGUAUCCUGGACGUGGGCUGCUUGGAAUUUCCGUAUGGCGUGCUCGCCGCCUCCGCCCUGUACCAUUUCUCGUCGUCCGAGCUGAUGCAGAAGGUUUCGGGGUAUCAGUGGUGCGACAUUGAGAAGUGCGUCAAGUGGAUGGUCCCGUUUGCCAUGGUGAUCCGGGAGACGGGCAGCGCAAAGCUGAAGCACUUCAGGGGCGUCCCCACUGAGGAUGCCCACAACAUCCAGACCCACAUCAACGGCUUGGACCUGCUGGAGAAAGCCCAAGCAAAGAAAGCCAUAUUGUCGGAACAAAACAGGAUUUCCCCUCCCCCCACGGGGGUCCUCACCCCCCCGCACAGCAGUAAGAAGCAGAGCGAGGAGCAGGAGAUGGUGUGACCGCCCCACCUUCCCCCUGUCUGCUGCCGGCUCCGCGUCUACAGGUACCCAAGUGGAAGAGGCGUCCCUUCUGCAACAGAAGCUCCCGGUGGUGUGAGACAGGG